AUGUCCAGCGACGAGAUCCCCAUGGACGUCUUCUCCUCCUCCUCCCCGUCCGAGGGAACUUCCGAGGGAAGUCGGUCCUGCUCAACGGGUCCCACCACCCCAAGUGCCAGCCCGUUGUUCCGUCCCUCUGAAUUUGAUGAUCUCAAACUGGCCGCUUUGUCGCAGUCGCGCGUCCUCAGCGAGACCGAGUUACCCCGGAUUGCGGUCAAGAAUAUCUGUGUCGUCGGCGCAGGAUAUGUCGGUGGUCCCACGGCGGCAGUUCUGGCCCUCUAUCACCCUUCCAUCUCGGUCGAAGUGCUAGACAGAGACCCAAGCCGCAUUCAACGAUGGCAGUCCCAGCACUUACCCGUCCACGAACCGGGCUUGGACACGGUCGUGCGUAUUGUCCGCGACGGUGCCGAUAUCAGCACCGAGGGCAUCCAGCCCGCUGCCUCUGCAUCUGGACGCCCCCAGAAUUUGCUCUUCACGUGUAACUCUGCUCAGGCCAUCUCACGCGCAGAUAUCAUCCUCAUGGCGGUGAAUACCCCAACAAAGAUGUUCGGCGUGGGCGCCGGGUGCGCCACCAACAUGACCGCCUUUGAUGGAGCCAUGCGCGAUGUCGCGGCCCAUGCGAAGCCAGGCGCCAUUAUCGUGGAGAAGAGCACCGUGCCAGGAGGGACAGCGGAGCGGGUGCGCAAAAUGCUUGCCACCCACCGACCAGGUGUCUCUUUCGAGGUUCUUUCCAACCCCGAGUUCCUCGCCGAGGGCACGGCCGUCAAGAACCUCACGGCCCCAGACCGGGUAUUGAUCGGAUCCGCACCCACUCCCAGCGGACGCCUAGCGGCUCAGACUUUGGCCAACUUGUAUGCGGCUUGGGUCCCCCCAUCGCGCAUCAUCGAGACCAAUGCAUGGUCCUCAGAACUGGCCAAACUGGUGGCCAACGCCAUGCUUGCCCAGCGCAUCAGCAGCAUCAACUCGAUUAGUGCGAUCUGCGAGAAAACUGGAGCAGAUGUGGACCAGGUAGCCAAGGCUAUUGGCAUGGAUGUUCGUAUUGGGCCCCAGUUCCUCAAGGCAGGACUGGGCUUUGGCGGGUCCUGUUUCCGCAAGGACAUCGCCAGUCUGGCGUACCUAGCGGAAUCCCUGGGUUUGGACGAUGUGGCACACUAUUGGCGACAAGUCAAUGUGAUGAACGAGCGACAGCGCGAUCGAUUCUCUCGCAAGAUCAUCGAUCGUUUCGAGGGUAACCUGGUUGGACGCAAGCUCGCGAUGCUCGGAUUCGCCUUUAAGAAGAAUACCGGUGACACGCGCGAGUCCUUGGCGGUGGAAGUCGUUCGUGCGCUUCUGGAAGAGCGACCGGCCGAGAUCGCCAUCUUCGACCCAUAUUGUCGCCAGGAAGAUAUCCUGCGCGAGUUGGAGACUGUCUGCCCGAGUUCAGCGUUGGGUCAGAUUGUCAAGGUUCAUCCGGACCCGUACCUGGCCUGUUCCCAAGCCCAUGCGGUGCUGGUAGUAACCGACUGUGACCAGUUCCGGAAUGCCCCAGCCCGUAAAUCAUCCAAGCAGUCCAUUAUUCCUCCCAUGCAGAAAGAACUGGCUCGCUCUACCGCGGAUGCGAUGGGCGAGGAAAACUCCAAGCGAGCCUGUGCCCGACAGGACCAGGAGAUCUGGACCCAUGCGGGCGUGUCUUAUCAACUGCGACCCCAAGAAGCCUGCUCUGCAGACUGCGGUGAUUGCCGUUCAGCUGCGACCCGGCCAACGGCCACCGAGGCGAUCGAGUGGACGCGCAUUGCGUACAACAUGGUUGAGCCAAAGUGGGUGUUUGACGGGCGGGGAAUCUUGGACGCGGUGGAGUUGGAGCGGCUCGGCGUUAGUGUGGACGUGGUGGGCCGACGAACCCAGGAAUUGGUGGCAUAG